GGGCAGAGCUCUCUAUAUAAUGCAGUUCUCGUCAGCAGGAAGUGAUUCUCUGUUGCAGAGUUUCCAGUCUUCCUCGUCUUCCUGUGAUUUGCAGCCAUGGGGCAGAUAGAAUGGGCGAUGUGGGCGAACGAGCAGGCGCUGGCAUCAGGACUGAUCCUCCUCUCUGGCGGAAUUGUUGCGGUUGCCGGACAGUUUAAAGGUUGGGAGUUUGGAGCUUAUGCGAUAGCUGCCGGAGUGUUCAUCAGUCUGCUGGAAUAUCCUCGAAGUAAAAGGAAGAAGGGGUCCACCAUGGAGAGAUGUGGACAGCAGUGCCUGAGUACGGUGGUGAAAGCGUUUGGUCCGCUCACUCGCAAUUAUUACGUCCGUGCUAUUUUACAUGCAGGCUUGGCGGUACCCGGAGGCUUCAUCCUGGCCACCAUCUUGGGCACAGUUUGUCUUGGUAUCGCAGCCAUCAUUUAUCUGCUGGCAGCGAUAUCUGGAGAGGAAUGGCGCCCCAUCGAAGCACAAGCACCACCCAAGCUGAAGGUGGCCGAGACCAUUAGACGCCCCCCAGAGAACCCCCCUCCUCGCCCCCCCCCGGAGGUCCGCAGGAAGCAGGUGGAUGAGGGACACGUCAACCCCAUUCCAGUGGAGGAUGAAGUAUGACUGCCAGCCACGUACGGGACGUUUGAUAAGGGUACGAGGACGAUGGACGGGUGAUCUGACCAACUGCUUGACGCUUCCCAGACCCCUCCCCCAGCGCAGCCCUGUCCGUCAUUUCACGCCCGCUCCGUGGGUGAGAGAUUGGACCCGGUCAUAAAAAAGGCGAAGGCAAAGUCCGUUCUCACCCACAAGGAGAGUUCUUCUCGUCAGUAUUCGGAGCAUCUGUAGGUUCUCCUGUCCGUCUGUGUAGCGGUCCUUUCUGGAGUAGUCCCAUCAUGGCUGCUCUGCAGGGCAGUAGUGGUCUCCAAUCCGUGGCUCUCCAUCGGCUGUGAAACUACAACUCCCAGCAUAUCACAGGAGGACGAUCAGCUAUUAAAUAAAUAAUAGCCGUGAUGAGUAUUAGCCGGUUACCCUGCCCCCGCCGUGCCGCCAUUCUGCUCUUGUGCCCGGUCCAUGCAGCUAGAGUUCUCUCAUACACUGUAUAUGGUCGCUUUCCAAAUAUCAUGUCAUUAAAGCUUUAUAGAAAUUA